CAAUUUCAAACUGGUUCUUCGUCAGAAGUUUUGCUGCGAGCCCUGAGUUGUCAUGUGGAUUCUUGGUACCUUGCCAGCUCAACAUCAGACCAGCGAACCGCGAAAUGUCCGAAACACAAGGGGCUCUUCACAGCACAAAGCUAAUCACGACCGCGUCACUGAAACUCGAGCUCUGUUGCUCUGACGUUGCUUCAGCAUUGGUGCCUAGCAGGUCCCGCGCGCUCUCAUCAUCCACACCAAGUCGUGUGCAUCCCAAGAAGGGGACCACACGCGCCCAGUGUGUCGUGCUCCAAGUUGGCGCGUCACAUACAGCCAAGCGCACCUACAAAACGCCAUCGUCGACAGCCGGUACCUCGACGCCAUUCCUUCACCGAAGGUCUUCAGCUACGUCCGUCUUCUUACCGAAGCGCGAUUCGUCCAGUAGUCGACGCAAAGGAUGGCGCUCCUCUGUCUGGAAUGCUAGCUUCUUGUUCUCUCAGCAGUUUGAUAUCACCUCAAGGGAACGGGCAGCCCCACUUGCGCUUUUGAAGCAGAGCACCAGCCAAGCGGACGUCUUUUCGAGGAUAGCAGAAGAGACGUCUUGCUACUGCACACCAACACUUACCCUCUCACGUUUGCACGCUUCCCGACUGCACUCGGAAAAGCUGGCGGUAGGCACCACGCUCGGCUCAGUGAGACGACCUUGCUGACCCCUGAGCAGCCGUUGAGAUGACUCGUAUGUAUUGCUUGACAGCUAAUUGG